GGGGAUCCCGGGUGUUAUGGGAGCUGGAUGCAGUGAGGCUGAGAGCUUUUUGCUGUUGGUAUGGGCAGCCUUUGCACAAUGAGGCUAGGUGCCAGAGAGUGUCUUGCCACUGUGGGUCUGGGUGCUACUGAACUGGGGGAGCUGGGUGUUGUGGAGCUGGGCGCCACUGGAGGGUGCCACAGGGCUGGGUCUGGGUGGCUGGACCCAGCAGGAGCAGGACCCUGGCUGUGCCUAGGCAGGGCCAAAUCUAAGGUUUCCUGCAGCCUGGCUUUGCUGUUGCCUGUGGUUUUGGCUGUGCUGCUAGCGUUGUCCCAUCGCCAUGGGCUCAGUCCUCCACUGGGAUGUGGGGAAUGCCAAGGGCAGGGUGAGGCCUGUAGCCCCAGUGACUGACUGGGCCAAGGAGGGUGCAUGGCUCUGCUGGAGCCUCAUCCCUGUGGCUGUGCUGCUGUAUGCUGGCUGGUGCCUGGGGACAGAGGGGUGUCCUGCCCUGGGGCAGGCUGGCUGCCUCCCCUGUGGGCCCCCUGCUCAGCAGCUGCCAGCUGUUGUAGGCGAGGAAACCUCUCUGAGGGGCAGGGAGGUGCUGUGUAUUUGGAGGGGAGGGCUUACCCCGGGACCUGCUGCUGGCUCCAGCAUUUUGUCUCUGUGCUGACAACACAGGGACGUGUGCCACCUAAAGGCUGCACAGCAGCAAGUUGUUGCUCCACUUCGCACCUGAUGUCUUUCAGAGGAAGGCUCUUGGCAGAGUCAAGGGCAAACAUGGGGAAAGGGGUGGCACUGGGGUUUGCAUAUCCCGCUUCUCCCUUACCAGGGUACAGGAAGCCUGGGGAGGAGCCAUGCCUGUGACCUGGAGUGGGCUGGUGGGUUUGAUGUCCUCAUGUCCAGCUGCUUCCAGCCUUGGGGUCAGCCCCACACUCAUCUGGCAGGGCAGAGGGGAGCACCUGGCUCCUUUGGACAGCCCCUGUGGAUGCUGCAGAUCCUGCCCUUACCUUCCCUGCCGCUCCCAGAGCACUGUGCAGUGGGUACAGCAGCACAGGGAGCCAAUCCCCGCUGGAGGGCCCCCGCCUUGUGGCACCACUGCCUGGCACCAUGCCAAGGCGCAGCAUGGCAGGGAUGAGGAGCCGGCAGCGGAUGUUUGCGGCGGUGAUGCGCCUGCUCCUCAAGUGCCUGCGGCUGGGCCGGCGGCGACGAUUUAAGCUGGUGCGGCAGGCAGAGCAGCUGUGGCACUACGGGCACCUCUGCCUCCGCUCCCUGCUGUACAACUCCUUCACCAACGGUGACGUGGUGCUUGACUCCCUCUUUGAGCCUGUCUACUGGCUGGUGGACCACGUCACCCGGUGGUUCGGUGUGGUGUUUGUGGCACUGGUGAUUGGGCUGACAAGCUCCAUCGUGGCCAUCGUGUACAUCUGCCUGCUGCCCCUCAUCCUGCAGACCUACACACCUGCCUGGAUCUGCUGGCACCUCGCCUACGGACACUGGAACCUCAUCAUGAUCGUCUUCCACUACUACAUGGCUAUCACCACCUCACCUGGGCACCCACCGCAGGCCAAGGACGAUCUCACUGGCGUCUCCAUCUGCAGGAAAUGCAUUGCCCCCAAGCCAGCUCGCACCCACCACUGCAGCAUCUGCAACAGGUGCGUGCUGAAGAUGGACCACCACUGCCCCUGGCUAAACAACUGUGUGGGACACUACAACCACCGCUACUUCUUCUCCUUCUGCCUGUUCAUGACCAUGGGCUGCAUCUACUGCAGCAUCAGCGGCUGGGAGAUGUUCCGGGAUGCCUAUGCAGCCAUCGAGAGAAUGAAACUGCUUGAGAAGGAGAGACUGCAGGUGGCUGCCAACCAGACAUACUACCAGACGCCACCACCCACCUUCUCUUUCCGCCAGCGAGCAUUCCACAAGAGUGUGGUCUACCUCUGGGUCCUAUGCAGCUCGGUUGCACUGGCCUUGGGCGCACUAACACUGUGGCACGCUGCCCUCAUCACACGUGGGGAAACCAGCAUUGAGCGGCACAUCAACAAGAAGGAGAGGCAGAGACUGCAGAAGAAAGGCAAGGUGAGCACAGCCCACAGAGCGGGAGGGAUGGCUGAGGCAGAGCCAGGCAUGAUGUGUGUCUCCCCCCCACCACUGCAGAUCUUCAGGAACCCCUACAGUUACGGCAGCUGGGAUAACUGGAAGGUGUUCCUGGGUGUGGACGUGCCACGGCACUGGCUUACCCGCGUCCUGCUGCCCUCUCCUCACCUGCCCCACGGGACAGGCCUGAGCUGGGACCUGCCUCCCUGCGUGACCAAGCAGCGUGCGCCACUCCUGGCCAUCUGAGGCCCAGGUGCUACAGAAUUCCCUCCCCGCAGGCAGGGGAGCGCACAGGCGACCUGCUCUGCCACCGCGACUCCUUUUGGCCCAAGUGCCUGGCAGAAGGUGAGUGCUGGCACACAUUGCUAACCUGAGCCAGAGCCAUGGGAAGCUCUUUGGACAGUGCCAGUGCCUGAACACCUGCUCUCAUGGCUCCUUGGUGGCUGCAGGCAGCCCAGGGGGAAAGGCGGUAGAGCUGCUGCUCCCUGCUCAGCUCUCCGGCAGGGCUGGGUGCCAAGGAUGGCACACCUGCAUGCCAAGGAUGGCACACCUGCCCUGCAAGCACUCCCCAGGGAGCCUUUUUAAGACCAUCUAAUAAAUUUUUUU